AUGUUGGAAAACGGCUGGUCCCAAAUCAGACAUUACGGGAGCCCAAAUUUUGGUGGUUUUACUUCUGGUAGUCCAUCUUCUGGACAAUGGAAUCAUGGUUAUCAACAAUGGGGCACACCUCCAAAUGUUCAGCAUUGGGGCACUCCUCCAAACGCUCAGCAAUGGGGCCCUCCUCCUAACGCUCAACAAUGGGGCACUCCUCCAACCACUCAGCAAUGGGGCACUCCUCCAACCGCUCACCAAUGGGGCACUCCUCCAAACGCUCACCAAUGGGGUUCAUCAUCAAGUGUUCCACAAUGGGGUACUCCUCCAAAUACUCAGCAACGAACACUCCACCAAACGCCCCACAAUGGAGCACUCCACCAAAUGCUCAACAAUGGGGUUCAUCAGCAAAUGUUCCACAAUGGGGUACGGCACAAAAUGUUCAGCAAUGGGGUUCAUCAUCAAAUGUGA